CUGUAAAUGGCACAGAAGAUACACCCUCUUGUUACAAGAGGUCUCGUAACUCAAACAAGGACAACGAGCGGCGAGAAAAAUCGUUGUCAAGGGUUCGAUUGCACGACUCUGCGAGCCUGAAACAGCCGAGCAGACCGCUUUCGAAAGAUCGCAAAGGAAGAGCAGCGAGGAAAUUUGAAAUAUCAGAUGGCAAGAAAGGUUACAUGCGGAUGCACUUACGAGCCCUGCGCAUCCUGAAGAAUGUGUACUUGAAUGAAAAUCCCACGCAAAUGUAGACAGAUAAAACUAGAGAGGCAGAGUGGGAAGAACGAUGAAACGGAGACAGAGAUACCAACCUGGCGAAUGUUGUAUGUAACGGAGAAAAGAACGAAAAGAACAAAACGCGAGGAAAGAAGUGAGAAGAUGAAUUAA